AUGCCAGAGGGAUCAUUUGUUUGCAAAAUCGCCAAGGACCUGGGGAUAGAGAUAAGUAGACUCGUAUCUGGAAAAGCUCGAGUUGUAACAAAGGGCGGUCGACAGUAUGUUGACUUGAGCAGAGACAAAGGCACUCUAGUAGUUAAAGAAAGAAUAGAUCGCGAAGAGCUCUGUAAACAAACAACGCCAUGCAGCUUCAGUUUUGAUCUUAUCGUUGAAAACCCCAUCCAGCUGCAUCGGGUCACAAUUGAGGUGCAAGAUAUAAACGACAAUGCGCCAUUAUUUCCAAAAGAACAUGUUAAUUUAAACAUAGCUGAAAAUGCAGUCUUAGGGGCUCGCUUUCCUUUGGAUAGCGCUAUAGAUACAGAUGUAGGCCUAAACGGUAUACAGAGCUAUAAACUAAAUCCAUCCGAUAGCUUUAAAUUGGAGGUGCAUAGUCAGACCGGUGGCAACAAAUACAUUGAGAUGGUUUUACAGCGAGAGUUGGAUCGGGAGGAACGCAAUGAGAUCAAAUUGGUUCUCGUUGCAACUGAUGGCGGCUCACCUCAGAAAUCGGGCACUGUAAAAAUUCAUGUUACUGUACUGGAUGCUAAUGAUAAUGCCCCGGUGUGUAAACAGUCGGUUUUUAAAACUGAAGUUGGGGAAGAUUCUCCUGCUGGCACUAUCGUAGGUACUGUUAGCGCUGCUGAUGCUGACGAAGGUAUAAAUGCCCACGUUUCAUAUUCUUUCGCUCUUGCAAGCAAAGAAGCAAGGGAGCUUUUUGAGAUAAACCCAGAUACAGGAGAGAUUAGACUUCUUGCUCAUUUAGAUUAUGAAUCUCAAAAUAGUUAUCAAUUAAACAUUAAUGCGAGGGACAAAGGAGGCCUCUCGGAUACUUGCAAAAUUUUCAUAGAUGUUAUUGACGAAAAUGACAACUCCCCAACCAUACAACUCAUGUCCUUUUCAAACACCAUUCCUGAAAAUUCCCCUGUAGGAACAACUGUAGCUGUCAUUAACGUAGAUGACGCAGAUUCUGGUAAAAAUGGCGUUGUUCAGUGCUCAAUAAAUCAAAACAUACCGUUUAAAAUCGAGUCAUCUCUCACGGAUUAUUACAGUUUAAUAACCGAGGAUAUGCUUGAUCGAGAAAGUCUUGCUGAUUACAACAUAACGAUCUUAGUAUCCGACCAAGGAAGUCCCGCACGACACGCAAACAAAACUGUUACUGUUAAAAUUUCCGACGUGAAUGACAACUCGCCCGUAUUCUAUUCAGAGGAAUAUAAAACAUUUGUUAGCGAAAAUAAUUCUCCUGGUCUGGCUAUACUGACUGUUAAAGCAAAUGACUCAGACUGGGGUCCCAAUGCGCAAUUGUCCUAUUUCCUAAAGGAUGAAGAAGACAUGCGUGGGGCACGGCCAAGUUCCCUCGUGUCAGUAAAUUCCGAUACUGGCGCCAUACACGCAGUUAAAUCAUUUGAUUUUGAACAACUGAAAUCAUUUGCCUUUAAUGUGACAGCUCGGGAUGGGGGUUCCCCACCUUUAAGCACAGAAGUGACAAUCACCAUUAUUAUUCAAGAUCAGAAUGACAACACUCCUCAUGUUCUGUAUCCAGUACAGACUGGUGGUUCUGUGGUGGCUGAGAUUGUGCCUCGUGCUGCAGAUGUUGGAUAUCUCGUCACUAAAGUAGUGGCUGUUGAUGUGGACUCUGGACAGAAUGCCUGGCUCUCCUAUAAACUACAAAAACCCACAGAAAAACCGCUGUUUGAAGUUGGUUUGCAAAAUGGAGAAAUAAGAACAGUGCGACAAGUGACUGAUAAAGAUGCUGUGAAACAAAAACUGACUGUUGUAGUGGAGGAUAAUGGACAGCCCUCCCGCUCAGCUGUAGUCACCAUUAAUGUGGCCGUUGCUGACAGCUUCCCUGAAGUACUGUCAGAGUUCACCGACUUUGCGCGUGACAAAGAAUACAACGACAACCUGACUUUUUAUUUAGUUCUUGCACUGGCUGCUGUCUCUUUUCUUUUCAUUACUUGUGUGGUUGUCAUAAUAUCAGUUAAGAUCUACAGAUGGAGACAAUCUCGCUUCUUAUAUCAGUCCAAUCUUCCGGUUAUUCCAUACUAUCCGCCGCAUUGCACAGAGACAGGAGCUACUGGAACUCUUCCACAUGGCUAUAAUUAUGAAGUGUGCAUGACGACUGACUCGAGGAAGAGUGACUGUAAGUUUUCUACACUCGGUGGUCACAAUGUUUUAGUGGUGGACCCAAGUUUCACAGAGACUAUGCAGCGCGCAAUGAAGGAAAAUAACGUCUUGAAAGAGGAAUAUUCGACAAUAUCGGUAAGAGAGUUUAUAGUUGCAAAUAUAAAUUUCUAA